AGGUCGUCGGCUCGGCCGCGUCCCUUGGCCACGACGAAAGGAGCGUCGCAAUCUCACUGUGCACAUCAUCCGGAUAGACUCCGAGUCAGCUUGAUAUCGGAACGGAAUAACCUGCUGGCCGAUCAGGUCUCGGGAGUCUGUGACCGUGCGCGUCACCGGUAGCUGUCAUUCAUGCCGCAGGCCUGGAGCACCGUUUGUCACGUCCACUCGUUGUGCGCGUCCAACAACAUGCCCUUCCAUAGCAUAUUCUACUGAGGCACUCAUAGCAUAGUCCUCCACCAUGGCGUUCCAUUCCCCUCGGCAGUCGCAGAAUUACUACGACUUCAACCCCUCCACCCCACCACCACCGCCGCCCAAGCCCUCCGCGCACUCCAGCGGAACAGCGACACCGCAGACCGGCCCCCCGCUCCCUCCACCGCCGCAAUCCUCCCAACAGUCAGCCUCUCAGCCCUACCCCCAGGGCUCGCAGACACAACCCCGCCAGCCCGCCGUUUCACCGCCCGAAGAUGGUUGGCUGCCGGAUGUUUUGAAGGACAAGGCGACGGUCGACCUCCACCACGUGUUGCAGACCGCCGAACUACAGCAUGCGCUGAUCCACAACCCUGAGACGGCGCAUCCCUCGGUUCCCGCGUCCACGGCUCCGCUGCAGGCAUUGCUUGCGCAGAAUGUCACACUGGCUGAAAGCUUGAAGCAGCUCGAGGCGCAUCUCCAGCGCCAGAGGGACAGUACGCAGUCGCGGCUCUUAUCAUUAAAGGCUUCUGAGCGGCAGUGGAGAGCGAAGCAGGCGGAACAAGAUGAGGUUUUGCGCGAGUUUAGCGCUCCUGCGUUAUACCAGAGACUGACUGCCGCGGUCGGAGAACAGGAAGCUCUUUGUAGAGGCCUUGAAGAGAGCUUUCUCGAGGGCGAGGGCGCUGGUGGCACAGAUGCCGUUGCGAGCGAGCGCGAGGUGACCGAGUUUGUGCGCAGGCUUCGAGAUGGACGGAAAGUAGCAUAUCUGCGAGCGGAGAGAAAGGAACGAUGGGACGAAGGUCGGGUUGGCGGUUGGCGAUGAUCUCACAGAGCGGCCAACCUUGCAUGCAUCUGCGAUGAGCAGGUGCACAUGUGCAACAGUGGUUUAUUAGCCUGCUGAGGCACUGCAGGCUCGCGACAUAAACGGUUUGGGCGCCGUUUGUGGUCUAAAGGGUUCAACGAACAGCAUAUUCAUAUGCUCUACGUUAGCUAGAGGUGACUUAUGUCCCUUAAACACUCUUAGUGUAGACACACAUACCGGUCGCGGAAAGAGAGAGUUGGGUAUAGAUUUUGCAAAUCCCCAUAUAAAACAUCUAUCAGCCAUGCUCCAAGCGCU